AUGUCUUUUGUUUUUUUGUUUUUGUUUCUGUCUCUUUGCUGUAAAACAGCUGCAACAACAUGCGAAGAACAAAGAGAUCAAGCCUCACAAGAAGGGUUGGUUGGAGCGUUUGUCCCAGAAUGCAAUGCGGAUGGUAGUUUCAAGCCUGAACAGUGCUGGGGAUCAACUGGGUAUUGUUGGUGCGUGAACGAACAUGGCGCUGAAGUACCGCGUACUAAAGUACGAGGGAAACCAGACUGCAGUAAGAAAGGUAACUUGAAAUCGAACUGAUUGGAAUCAAACUCACCCCGAAUCUUAUUUUGUUUAUACAAAUCACAUUAGCGUAUCAAAACACUGCCCUUAAGUAAGUACUACAUGAUAAACACCGCCCCCGACUGAGCGUUGAACUGUAAUGCAGAACAUAAAGCUGCGCCUUUUUCCAGAAAAGGGCUGGAGAACGGUGGAAAUUUGAUAGAAUAAUGAAAUGGUAAAUUUCCUUUGCUUGAUAGGUAGUAGUAGAUAGAUAGUAGUGUAGUUACAUCUUUGGAUGUAUCUAGGGAAAGAACCCCUUACCUUUCAUCAUUCACCAUUAGGCCCGUUAACAUUACCGCUUAACUGCUUGGGUUCGGCCUUUUUUUGCUUUUGUGGCGAGAUCGUUUUUCCGCAACGAGAUAUUUAAGAAGAUGGUUGAUGCUCUCUGUCAAGAAGACAUAAUCGAAAGUUUGCUAAUGCUCAAAUCGAGGUCUUUUUUACAAUCGUGUUUGCUUUCCAACCUAAAAUUUACAUCACCCUACCAAGCUAACGUUUAAUACAUUUUACCGUUAGUUUCCGCCUUGCUAACAAUCUGCCAUAUUAUAAUGCGUACACAAGGAUAUUUAAAACAGCUUACAUUGUAUAAAGUCCAUUUUUUUAAACUUCACUGGUGGAAAAUGCACUCUGACCUCUGCUUUAAUCGUCAGCUAAUCGUCGGCUUACUUCAUCUUACAUUAGUGAGAACCCCGGCUUCGAUGUACGCCGCAAGUUAAGCUUGAACCAACCCCUAAGAGAUUGAACUGUCCUUUGAUACAGUAGAAAGCCAUAUUUUCUCUUUAUUUUUGUUACCACAGGUGUCCUUUCUUUUUGCCAAAGCCUUCAAGCAAUCAUCGUCAACGUUCCCGGCUGGUGUGGACCUCCGAGAUGCAAACCGGACGGAAGUUUUGAGGAAGUGCAGUGCUGUGCCAACACUGGGAAGUGUUACUGCGUGGACAAGGAGGGAAAAAAGAUUGAAGGAACGGAAAAAUCUGGACAACCAGAUUGUGAAUGUACGUUUCCAUCAUUUGCUGUUUUUUUAAUUUUACAAUGUGUUAAUUGAUGGGUCUGUGAAUGAAAGGGUUAACGAUUAAGGGAAUUAGUGAAUAGAUUGGUGUAAGCAAGCGUUCAUGCUCGAAUUAUCAAAUAAUUUAAGAGAUAGAUUAAUUUAGAAAUAACUGAGUAACUGUAAAUGAUCAAUCAUUGCUGUGAGUUUCCUGCGAUCAAGUUGACUUCACAUCUAGUCACUUCUUUCUCUGAUGGAAACUGGAAUUAGCAUCGACACCUAAACUUGGAACUAUGCACUGUGUUUCGGCUAGUUUUUUUGUAGUUGCAUUUCCAAUCGAAUCUUUUCUUUUUUAUCGUACUUUCAGCUGUCACAUCGAAGUGUGAAAAGACAAGACUGGAGGCUUUAGCGAAAGGUCCUUUACUAGGACAGUUUAUUCCACACUGCAAGGAAGAUGGCUCAUUUGAGUCAGCGCAAUGUUGGGCCAGCACUGGAUAUUGUUGGUGUGUUGACGAGAAAGGCGAGAAGAGGGACGGUACCACGGUGCGGUUCGAACAACCGAACUGUUGA